CUCUGCCACUCACCGACAGUUGCUCCACAGCACAUCCUGACCUGGAACAAGAAGAAAUUGACUGGAAGCAGCAAGUUCACCCUAAAUUAAUACGCCAUGGCUCCAUACUGAUGAGCGGAUUCUCCUCCGCUAGAUCUGACCUCAAAGCAGCAGAGGUUUGAAUUUUGUGAUCUGUGAAUUGGAGGAAUGGGUCGUGGAGUUAGCUGUGGUGGAGGACAAAGCUCACUAGGGUACUUGUUUGGGAGCGGUGAGGCUCCAAAACCUGCAAAAGAGAAUGUCCAGUCUGCUCCAAGUGAAACUAAGGCUGUGAGUAAGCCUAAUGCUGCUGCACAGCCGGUUGAUAUUAGCAAGCAGAUCCCUGCAGGCAUUAAUACUAGCACUGCGAACAACUACGUAAGAACAGAUGGUCAAAACACUGGCAAUUUCAUCACGGAUCGACCAUCAACAAAGGUCCAUGCUGCCCCUGGAGGAGGCUCUUCUUUGGGUUACCUGUUUGGUGGCAACUAAGGCGACUUCAAGACUGCAAGCCUUAUCCAGUGUCUUUUGAUUUCUGUGAAAUUUGUGGGUACAUGAGACAGUAUUUUCAGCUUUAUGAUUAUCAAGCUUAAUUGUCAAUUGUCACGUAUAUGUGGCCUGGUGUUCCUUGUGUAAUAUGGAGAGAAUGACUCAAAUAUUCCUGUACUGCUUGAGCUAAGAAAUUGCUGUCAACAUGAUCAUCAUCGAUAUUCAUCCGGCUCCAUAUGUAUUGAUUAUUAUUGCCA